CAUUGUCUACAUAAUGUAGAUUUUUCUGACCAAUGGGCGCGGCCGACUGUCUACAGCAGCAUAGCAACGACGGCAGAAACAGCUCGGCCAAUCAGAAAAUCGGAGGGCGUGGCAGAUAGGUGCUCAGACGGCGGAUCAAGCGGACAUUACAAACGAGACGAGAGGACCAAACUUUUACAGCGAUUUGAGACUUGUCACACUUUUUUGCCUAUCGUUACGUUUUCCCCGGCAUUAAAAGCCAAUGCCCUAGUAAAUACGUUGAGCACCAGCUUCGCCAACAGUGGAUUUUAUCAGGGAGUCUGCCGUAGCACUUCAAAGGGACACCGAAAACUUCAGCUGAGCUUUGAAGAAAUGCAAGAUCAUCACACCCUCUCCAACUGAGGCGCAAGUCCUGGGGCAGCUGGUGAUGACCUUUGGCAAGUACACCAGCAAGAGCUUCAAGUGGCUUGUCGAGAAUGAUGUCGGCUACUGCAAAUACAUCGUCGACCGCCACAUGAAGGAGAUGAGGCACCCUGAGAAGAGGAAGACCAUCAACGAAACACAAGGAUGGCACAAAUCCUGGGAGGCUGAGGACAGCGGGCUGCCCAAGCAAGAUAUCAAGUGGCUGAAGGAGGAUGAGGAGAGGGGGCUCUUUCUGAAGCCGCGGCCCUUCUCCGACAUGUACGGCAGGAAGAGGUGGAGGAAGGUCCUGAAGAGCGAGAAGAUGUGGUUCCACCCUCCCGAGAUGCCCGGUGUGGUGGAUGGCAGUACGGUCCCCGUGGCAGACAGCUUUUUCAGGCACCGCGUCUUCUUCUGGAGGCCAGUUGGUGUGUGGCGUUACAGCGUCCGCUGCACCAAGCCCGACUGCCCUGCCAAGGACAACCCGAAGGCUUUCCUGUACCGGUGUGGCUACGGCAACACGGUGAGGCCCAUCUGUGACAUCAACGGCUGGUAUUUCAUGCUCACCGAGGUCCUGGCCUGCGACGCCUGCCGUCAUUUAACUCUCUAUUAUAGCUUAAUCUUCCCUCACCUUAAUUACUGCAACAUUGUUUGGGCUUCGACACAUCCAACAUAUAUUAAUAAAUUAUUGAUUAUUCAAAAAAGGUUUCUCAGAAUGAUAUCACACGCAAACAGAUAUGAGCCAUCUGCUCCCCUUUUCAUUAAUUAUUCAUUAUUAUCCAUCAAUAAAAUUAACAUUUUUAAAACAUGUUUGUUUAUGUUCAAAUUCAAAAAUUAUAUACAAAAUCUUCCUUCUUCCUUUCAUAAUUUCUUUUGUGUUAAUUCCAAUAUUCAUUCUUAUGCCACAACGAAAUAUUUUAAUUUACCGUUUUGUAGAACAUGGAAACAUCAAUCUUUCAUCACUUACAGAGGCCCCCACUUGUGGAAUUCACUCAAUAAAUCUCUUAAAUCAUCACCAUCCUUGCCAAUAUUCAAAAAACAUUUAAAGAACUUUCUUAUUAUUUCAUCUUUGUAAUGUUCAUUAUUUGAUCUGAGUUACAUUUUCUUGUGUUUUUUUGUUCUUUUACUCUCCAUUGUGUAGCUUUGUUUUGUUUUUUAUUCAUAUAUGGAAAGGAUUCUAUAUAAGCCACCAGGCUUCUUCCUUUCCUUGCAUGUUAUUUCAUUGUUUUUCAUUUUUUGUUCAUAUUUGUCUUAUAUUGCUAAAUAAACUAAACUAAACUAAAGCCGCCGAGGGGUCGGGAGACCACACCAUCAGCCGCUACUUGUCGUGGGAGGGGAACAUCCUCAACCAGCUGACUCCAGCUCACAGAGCAGUGUUUCCGGCCGUGUUGACUCUACGUCGUGGAGUGGACAAGUCCGUCAUCCGCCUAAUGAGGGACCGCACAGAGGGCAACACCAUGGCCAAGGUGUGGAGGCAAGUCCAGGAGAGCCACUGUGAGGACUACCUGCAGAGGAAGGACCUGUACACCACCCUCCUCAGCCAGUACAACCAGCCUGGGAAGGUCACAAGAGUGCUCAGUGGCAAUUUUCAAAAGCCUCCACAGAGGAGAAAACUGCCCCACCCCUGCUGCUGAGGAAGGCAUACCUGAUAUCCAAGGCGGAAAACAUCGAGGACUACCGCACUGUUACGGCCUCAUAAA